AUGCCUCUCGUCGUCCCAGGUGUGACCACCAAAUCCGGUGACAAGACCGAGGAGUGGUCCAACAAGCUGGUCGGAAAGAAGCUGUCCGACGGGGCGUCUGAUGAGAUCUAUCCGCCGCAGAACUUCUCCAAGCGAGACCUGCCCCAGCAAACCCGCGUCAUCGAGCCGGGCCAGAUGGUCACCAAGGACUUCCACCCCGACCGCCUCAACAUCCACCUCAAGGAGGACGGCACCGUCUCGCAUGUCAACCACGGCUGA